AUGGAAAAUAUAGCUCUUUCUGAUUCUGCAGAUGAUUUGUCAUCGAAUACAGUGGUUCCUAUCGCAACAUCUAUGCCACCAGUUCAUGAUGAGCAGCAAGUAACCAGUGAAUUACAUGAUGCCGCUACAACAGAUGUAAAAAGUGUUCUGCCAGCAUUGAAAUCGAUGCACUUGUCCGAUAAAACUACAGGCGGGAAUUCUUCACCAUUGUUGUUUUCACAAUCUAAUAUGCCGCUGAGCAGUGCGGCUAUACCGCCUUCAAAUAUAUUCAAAAGUGAAAACAAAGUAAAUCCUCUAUUAAUGCCUCCAUCAUCAAUGACUAGCUUGCACAAUCCAUUAUUGGUGCAACCCACAAGUUCGCGAUUACCAUCAUCGCCAGUUACAUUAAAAUCGUCAGGAAUUACAAGCUCAUCAAUUAGUGGCCUAAACUCGUUUCGACCACUGUCAAAUGAAUCAACAACGACACCAUUAUUUACUGGUAAUUCAGCGUUUACACCGUUACAACCAUCAUCGUCUAAAUUCAGUGUUGGAGAGCAAAACAUUCUUCGCGCUCCAACCAUGCCAUCUACACCUCCAUUUAGAUCCACACAGCAACCCGAAAACACUAGAAAUGUGUCUUCCUCAACCUCCGCGCAGAAUAUUUCGCAAUUAAAUCAUUCAGAGAUGAAAUCUCAAACACCAUCAAUUUUUAAGCCUGUAGCACUAUCGUUCGACACUGUCGCAGCACCUCCGUCAACGACGUCACCUUCGUUCACUAAUACGGUAUUUCCUACGCCAGUUACGAUGUCUGCUGCUCCAUUUAACAAUGUAUCUUCAAUGCCUGAAAAUAACACUACGUUUAUGGCACCUAUUACUACAGCUGAAAGUAUUUUUGCUCCUCUUCCUCCACUUGUAUCCACUUCUUCAUCAGUACCAAUCGUUGAUAAUUCAACAACGCAAAUGCAAUCUCAUGCUCCUUCACUACAGCAGACAACAGGGUCACCUGCAAAUCCUUUUUCUGCGCGUGCAUCAUUGACUGAAAGAAUAUAUCCAGGCAUGACGACACAUAUUCAUCACCAACAACAGCAUCCAACGUCUAAUCUCGUACCACAUCAACCGCCACAACAGCAACAUUUCGUGCCUUCUCAGCCUGUGAAUGUUAAUCCGUACUUACAGACAACAAAUGCUUCAGAGCCAAACGCUUUCACGCCGAUGUAUCAACCUCCAGCUACUGAAUAUAAUCCAACAGCUCCAUGGCAAUAUUCGAUUAGUGAUGGGACUGACCUAAGACAGCAGCAGUUGCAACAGCAACAACAAACGAGUAUGCCUGGCAUUUGGAAUUGGAUAGCAAGCAAUAAAAUUAUAUCAAGUGUAGUUGAAAAAGCAAAAGUGAGUGCCACAUUACAUGUGCUUUUAUAAACAUGUACUUUGUGAUUGUUCCGUAUUUAUAAAACAGAAUUGGAUGGAAUUGUUUUUACGCUGAUCAUUUGGUGAAUUGUCACGGAAAAACUUUUCAUCGACGUGUCAUUCUUUUUCUUUACUACCGUUUUGAUUGAGUUUUUUCAUCAUAACUUUGUAAUAUUUCAUCUUGAAUCAUCCUGAUUUUUUGGAAAUUUAUAACAGCAGAACCUGAAUAAAUAGAUUAUAUUCAAGAAUUAUAUCUAUAUAUUCUGUGGUUCUAAACGAAGCCCGUUUAAGCUAACAGUUCAUAUUCGUUCGUUGUCGUUGAAUGGCGUUACAUAGUACUUGUUGACAUGAUUCGAUUUUAUAUUUAGCUGUGCUGUGAAGAAAUGAAAUAAUAGA